GUCUUCGUGUGCCGUGAGCGUGUGUUUUUUAGCAGCUUGCAGCUUGCCGAGCGUUUGUGUGAACCCAAUUCCAACCUGUCGACCUACCGGAUGGUCGAGAAAGGUGCCGCUCGAAGUCGCAGUCCAGUGUGGAUCAACAGCACGACGAGUGAGUGUGAAGCGAGUUCGUGCGGGUUAAGAGGCGGCUGACUUGCCAUUAGUGGUUUGAUUGAUUGAUUGAUUUGAACAUACAUACCGCCGCCGUGUCUGCCGUGUCUGUGAAACGGCCAGAGGCGGUGUAAAGGUUGGAGAAAGAAAAAAAGACGUCAGUCUCAAAUUUGCGUUUAUCGGUGCGUUCGAAUUGGCGGAAAAAAAGGUUUGAUGAGUGCAACGAUGGCUGGAAGUUUGAUUCGGGGAAAAUGUUGAUUGAACAGGGUCAGAUUGAAGGAUUAUGAGCAAUAAUGUUCGAGCGUUCGGUCUAAGUGAAACGUGAACCAAUGGAUUGAAGCGCGUGUUAUUAGUGACAAAGUGAUAGUGAGCAGGAAGCGAAUAAAACUUGCGCAUAAUUGCGGCAUCUGUGAUUUUCAAGAAAGUGCAUCAGCAAUGUUGUGCAGAAGUCCCCCACCAGCGAGUCCGGCCGUUUCGGAGAUAUCCGUCGGAUCGCCAAGUCCACCGCCGGUGGAUCACCAUCAUCAUCUACACCACCAUCACCACCACCACCUGCAGUCCCAUCACAGCCGAAGCGAAGACUAUUUCACCCCCUUGAAGCGGUUGCGAAUGGUCGAACCUCACAGCACCAGCCCUAAGGAACUGUCGAGUCCCUCGCGUGAACCGCCCAGUCCGCCAUCGUCGAUAGCGGCCCCAUCCGUAGCGUCCCUUCCCAAACCUGCCACCGUCGAAGGCGUCAAGUCCUUCUCGAUAGCGGACAUCCUCGGCCGGGACACCGAAAGCAGCAAUCGGGACAGUGCGCUGGCCCUGCAACACCACCACAGCACGCUGCAGGCAGCGGCGGCCAAAAUUGUGCGUCCAUGGGAUCAUCUGCGGGGACCGAUCCCGGUCCGACCGUUCCUACCUCCGGCACUGCUCCACUAUGAGCACCGGCUAGCGCUGGACUAUCACCAGCAGCUGCAGGAGCACUUCCGGGCGCAGGCCCAGCUGUUGCGGCACAUGAGCAUGGACAUCAUCCCCUCGGAAAGUGGCUCGGAACGGUCGAGCUCGGCGGCCAGCGGAGACUGCUGUUCGCCGGAGAUCGGUCGCAGCUCGGACCAUCAGUCCUCGCAAUCGUCCUCGUCCGGGUCGAACAAUAACAACAACAACAACGGUGGUGGCUCUGGUGGUAAGGGUGGUGCGAGUGGGGGUGGCAGUGGGAAGUCUUCGGGAGUGAAAACCACCCCGAACGGGACGCCGCUGGACGCGCUGUUCCAGAUGACCAACAAGAACUUCGACGAGGCUAACGAUGAUGGAGAGCAAUCGCAUUUAAACCUUUUCGCCAACCGACCCCAACCAAAGAAGAAGAGGAAAUCCCGGACGGCGUUCACCAACCACCAGAUCUUCGAGCUGGAGCGGCGGUUCCUGUACCAAAAAUACCUCUCGCCGUCGGACCGGGACGAGAUCGCGGCGGCCCUCGGGCUGUCCAACGCACAGGUCAUCACCUGGUUCCAGAAUCGGCGCGCCAAGCACAAGCGCGAGCUCGAGGAGGAGAAGAAGGACAUGGAGACGGCCAAGACGCUGCUCAGCCACAAAACUCUGCUGGAGAAUGUGACGGAGUUGAACUUGCUGAAAAAGAGGAUAAUGCAGGACGACGGCGGAAGCGCUCAGAUAUAAUGCCAACCUCAAUGUGUGCCGGUGGUCAGUGCAGGGAAAGCAGCCGUCGGCAAUCGUGCCGGGCAGCAAAACCACAAUCGCCACCCGUGUUCUGUUCUGUGAUCGGAUUGUAUCCCUCGGCCUGGAGUCGUGCAGUAAGCGAGCCGCGCUAUAUUGCACAAUGAACGAUUGGCCCCGAUAAGACUUGAGCACCAGGCUCUGAUUUCUAGACGGAAGGUUUAGAAAUGUGGCUCUCGUGAUGCUGGAUAGAAUAAGGAUUGUUUUUGUUCGAAUCAAGUAGAUAAUUAAUUUAUUCAAAUGUUCGAGGAUGUUCCUACGGUCUCAGUAUCCUUAGUAAGCUUAGGUUGACUCAGGUUAAAAUGUAUAGCUAGAUGUGAAAUUGUUCAUUUUCUCAUUCUUGUAAUUUAUGUACAGUUCGAAAACUAGUAUUUUAAGUGCUCUGUAAAUACAGCAAUUAAAUGGCAGUUCUCUUCCCCCUCCAUCGUGUGCAACUGAACUUCAAUACUGUUCGAUUUGAAAAUUCUGUAAUAAUGGCCAAAUUGCACAUGAUGAUCGAUUUUAUCAAACCAACACCCUCCAACAAUCAGAAACAAUCAAUUCAGUCCUCUGCCCGAUUCGCUAAGUUGGAAACAGAAGCAGGAGGAUGAGCAGGUAUUCAAUUCGCAAUGAUCAUCCCUCGCAAACCUCCAGCCUCCGCGCUUCUGUCUUCUCAGUGCCGAUGGUUUUGCCGUUGCGUAAAAAAUGGAGUAUUAAUUGAAAAAUGAAAUGGGAAAUGAUGUUUCCUAGAGUGUAAUUAAAAAGGCGCGCAAAAGUGUAGUUUAAUUAACGCUGAUUACUUGGCAAAGCAGCUGCAGAAGGCAGCUGCGACGGAGCAUCGAGCGAGAGCAAGUCGAUGAAAGAAAUCAUGCAAAAAAAAAACCAUUCGGAAAAUGGCUUAAACUGAUAUCGGAGGCUUACCCAACUAGAUUUGUUGAUGCUGUUGCUGAUCCAGCAGCAGCAGCAGCAGCAGCAGCAGUGGUACACACUGCUGCAGGCGGACACCAGAGAAAACAAAUUGUAAAUAUUUUAUUAAUGUUGAAAUAUGUUUCCUUUUCUUUCGUGGUCCAUCCUUACCCGAUAAGGCUCGGAUGUCGCUGGAGUAGUAUUUUACAUAGGAAUUUCACUUGCAUGGAAACAACGCAGUUAAACAUGGAUAACAUUGAAGAUGAACUGUCGCGAAACUAUUAUUGAGUGAUU